CUCUCUUUCAAUUAAUAGGGUUUAAAGCAGUAAUACUCCACGCCGCAGCUCUGGAGUUUCAAUUGACGCAUUCUCUUACUUUGUAGACUCUACGGUUCAAUCUACUCAUUUUCUAUUCAAAAUGUCUCUUACUCAUAACCUUGCUACUUCAAUAUCUUCUUCUUCCUCUGCUUUCUUAGCUCCAUCCACCUUCAAUUCAAGGAGUCAGGUGUCAUUGCCAAGUAAGAACGUGAGUAUUUGCAAAUGCGUUGCGACCCCACAGGAAGCUGAGACUGCCUACAAGACAAAGGUCUCUCGCAAUCCAAAUAUGGGUAAACUUCAAGCUGGCUAUCUCUUUCCCGAGGUUGCUAGAAGAAGGUCUGCACACUUGCAGAAGUACCCUGAUGCAAAAGUAAUAAGCCUUGGGAUUGGCGAUACUACUGAACCCAUUCCUGAAGUCAUAACUUCUGCAAUGGCAAAGAGAUCAUAUGCAUUAUCAACCAUAGAAGGAUAUAGUGGUUAUGGAGCUGAACAGGGUGAAAAGCCAUUAAGAAAGGCAAUUGCUUCCACAUUUUACAGUGAUCUUGGCAUAGAGGAAGAUGAUAUAUUUGUCUCAGAUGGAGCAAAGUGUGAUAUAUCCCGUCUCCAGGUUGUUUUUGGGUCAAAUGUAAAAAUGGCCGUGCAAGAUCCAUCAUACCCGGCCUACGUAGACUCAAGUGUAAUUAUGGGCCAGACUGGCUUCUACCAGAAGGAUGUUGAGAAGUUUGCAAACAUUGAAUACAUGCGGUGUAAUCCAGAAAAUGGUUUCUUCCCUGAUUUGUCUUCUAUUUCUCGACCAGAUAUAAUAUUUUUCUGUUCGCCGAACAAUCCCACUGGUGCUGCAGCAACAAGGGAGCAACUGACGCAACUAGUUCAGUUUGCUAAGGACAAUGGGUCUAUAAUAGUAUAUGAUUCGGCAUAUGCAAUGUAUAUUUCUGGUGAUAACCCACACUCCAUCUUUGAAAUUCCUGGAGCCAAAGAGGUUGCUAUUGAGACUUCAUCAUUUAGCAAGUAUGCUGGGUUCACUGGCGUUCGACUGGGUUGGACUGUGGUACCAAAGCAGUUGCUGUUUUCUGAUGGAUUUCCUGUUGCCAGGGACUUCAACCGAAUUGUAUGUACUUGUUUCAAUGGUGCAUCAAAUAUAUCCCAGGCAGGUGGUCUGGCUUGCCUUUCACCAGAAGGCCUUAAGGCUAUGAGAGAUGUUAUUGGAUUCUACAAAGAGAACACUAGCAUAAUAGUGGAGACAUUUGAUUCACUUGGGUUUAAAGUCUAUGGAGGGAAAAGUGCACCAUAUGUGUGGGUCCAUUUUCCUGGCCAAAGUUCAUGGGAUGUGUUCAGUGAGAUUCUUGAAAAGACUCAUGUGGUUACAACUCCUGGUAGUGGUUUUGGACCUGGUGGUGAAGGAUUUAUCAGGGUUAGUGCCUUUGGUCACAGGGAAAAUAUCUUGGAGGCAUGUAGAAGGUUCAAGCAGCUAUACAAGUGAAUUUAGAAAUUUGGCUUCAAGAGUUAAUCAUCCGUUAUUGGACUUGUCUUAUUUAAAUAAUGCUAGUGAUUUUCCUUUGAGGUCAGAUUAGAUGUAAUGACAGGGAUUAUCAAUUAUGUUUAUUCAAGAGUUAAUCUUUGUUAAAUGUUCUGUUUCUGUGGGAAAUGUCAAACCCCUUAGCAAUUCAACUUGGGUAGACUAUUUUCCGUUAUAAUGCUUCCAAGUCUCAACUCGUUAGUG